CAGCGCAGCUGUGCGUCACGACACGCAUACAGAGUGCUGAAAUAACUUUACCUGCCGAGUUGCGUGACUUUUUUCAUCACCCAUCGGGCGUAAGUUGGGUUUUAUCAAAGCACCAGAUCUAAAUGGCUAGUCCAGGUUCGGAUGCAGGACGGCAUCUUUCUCUGCAGCCUCUUCAUCAUCAUUAUCAUCACACCGAACCGGCGCCCGAACCUGCUGUCCGCGAGGCGCAGAGAUGGAUAGAGGCAGUGACUGGCAGGAGUUUUGGUGACAAAGACUUCAGAGGAGGACUCGACAACGGCAUUCUACUGUGCGAACUGCUGAGCUCAAUCAAACCAGGUCUUGUGAAGAAGAUUAACAGGCUGCCCACUGCUGUAGCUGCACUGGAUAAUGUGUCACUCUUCCGGAAGGGUUGUGAGGAGUUGGGUUUGAAGGGCUCUCAGCUGUUUGAUCCUGGAGAUUUGCAAGACACCUCCACACGCACCAACAAAGGUCCAGAUAGUAACAAGAAGAUAAAAAAUGUUUUAAUCACAAUCUACUGGCUGGGCCGAGCGGCCAACAGCAGCGCCACAUACAACGGGCCCACCCUGGACCUGCACGAGUUUGAAGGGCUGCUGUCACAGAUGAGAAAGGAGGCAGAGGAGUGGGACAGCCCGAAGCAUAGCAUCAGGGACAGUGGUUAUAUAGACUCCUGGGAGUCCGAGCGCAGUGACUCGUUCUCUCCGCCAAGACACGCUCGAGACGACUCGUUCGACAGCCUGGACUCCAUCGGCUCCCGUUCCCGCCAUACCCCCUCGCCUGACGGCCUGCUCGCCUGUGGCUACAGUGAUGGCCACGGCAGCGACUCGGAAAGCGAAGCCCCCCAGAGAAAGAUGCCGGAUGUGCGUAAGGAUGACAUGCUGGUGCGACGAACCUCCUGCAAUGAGCCACGGACUGCCGUUCCUUUCAACCAGUACCUGCCCAACAAGAGCAACCAGAGUUCAUUUAUGCCAACGCCAGCACGACACCCGUGUGCCGACAGAGAGGACAACCGCAAGAGCUGGAGUAAUGCAACCUCACCUGUCGGAGGAGAGAGACCCUUCAGUGGGAGUGACUCCAUUUCAUCAGAAGAGUCCCAUCAGAAGUGUGUGGUAACAGGAAAUGGCGUUCACUAUAUAGACUUGGAACCAGUAGAUACUGAUACUCACCCUAAAAAGUCUAUAGUGCUUCCUCAAAAUGAGCUUCCAUCCAAUGACCCUGAAGCAAAUUAUCCACAACUCAGUGACCCUCAGAUUAGUUCCCCUUCUUUUUCCAAAAACCACCUCCACCCUUCUGUACCACCCCACCCUCAAGAGCAGAGCCACUCAGACUGUAAGAAGAUGGAGGAGGAGGAGGAGAUGGAGAGAGAUGGACAGGUCACGGUUAACCAAACCUCUCAAAACAUCAGAGAUUUCCUUCAGAGCGACGUAGAGAUGUUCCAUAAUCAGACUGCUGGAAAUUAUGCCAGGAGUGUGAGUAUGUUUGACGUGAGGAGUGAUGAAGAAUCCAUGUUGCCACCACACUGUCAAGUUCGACAUGAGCUGAUGCACAACCAGUACAACAGGCAGAAAGAGGAAGAAGACCAUUGGCAGGAUGAUCUGGCCAAGUGGAAGAGUCGAAGGAGGAGUGUGUCUCAGGACCUGAUCAAGAAAGAGGAGGAGAGGAAGAUGGUGGCGAGAUUAUUGAGUGGAGAUGAAGGAUCACAGAGAAGGAAGAGCAUCAAGACAUACAGAGAGAUAGUAGAGGAAAAGGAGCGUCGCGAGCGAGAGCUGCAUGAAGCGUAUCUGAACGCCCGAACGCCAGAGGAAGCUGCAGCUGUGCUACAACGCUAUGCCCAGCGCUUCACCAUCAGCGAGGCCGUUCUAGAGCGCCUCAAACUCCCCAAGCUACUUGAGAGGAGUGUGUCGUCCAACCCCACCUGUCUCGACUCCCUCCCCACCUCUAUAGACAUCUCCGCUUUCAGCUCUACAUCGAACCCGCUGCAGUACCUGCGGCAGCAGUCACUCCCCGUUCCCAAGUUCACAUCCAUGGUUGAGGCUCGGGUGACGGGAUACAAUUUAGAGCAGGGAAUCAUGAGCGAUACAGAGGGCAUUUCAGGUCCAGUUCGCUCACACGUGACAGCAUCCUCACUGGAUCCAAAACAGAAUAGACAGAGCAGAAGUGGCAACAAUGGAAAAAGGACAGCAAAGGUGGAUGAAAUGACACAAGUGAAUGGAGAGAGGGAGGAUGACAUCCGUGGCAUUGAGGAGAAGGGACAACCACAGAGAGUCAUAGAGGAGGAGGAACAUUCUCUGCAGUGCUUUCCUUCUCCCUUCCAGCACACAGAGAUCAUACAGACGGAUGUGUCAGGAGUUCAGCCCAUGGACACACUCUCGUCCACACACACACCCAAGCCAGAUUGCUGGGAGGAAGAUAGAGAGAUGACAGAGAUGGACAAAAGAGGGACAAUCCCACUGGUUGGGGACACCCCUAUGUCCCCCAAAUUGUUGGAGCUCAAAACAGAUGAGACUGUAGCAGGUCAAGGGCAGUUCUCUGCAGAUCAAGCAUGUAUGAUCACAGAACCAACUGAAGGGAACCAGAGUGAGGCUGUACAGGAUGUGAUUCAGUCUGGCUCCUCUGAUACACAGGUCAAUACACAAGCAAUUGUGUCCUUGGAGAGAUCAUCAAAUCAGUCAGCAGCAUCCAUCAUAUCAUCAUUUAGAACCACACCAGUGGGUGACACUCCUACAUCAGAUAUGGCUGAGAAAGAUGGAAAUGAUAAAUAUCAGCAUGAACAGGAGAAUUUAAAGCAUGAAUGGGAACAGGUUCAGAAGGAGGUGGAAGAGGAGGAGAGGAGGUACCACAAGGAGGAGGGAAAGAUUUUGGAAGGGACUGUGACCACUCUGACCCCUCUGAUCCCUCAUUCACCGAGCGCACCUUCAGCCCUUCCCAAUGCCCACAGCAUUUCACCACAAUCCCAGUGGGAACCCGCAGAGAAACAGAUGAUGUCUGAGAACUUCAGACAAAGGGAAAACGGCAUCGGAGAAGCAGCCCAGAACAAGACGGAGUGUUUGCAGAUGACAGCAAGUUGUGGGUCAGUGGGUCAGUCCUAUGGACAGAGAGGACCCGACGAGAGUCAAGAAAAACAGCCUCAACAACAACUACAGCAUAGUCAGGGUGAGUCUGAUGUGCCACAGGGCAAUCGACAGCAGCAACAACAGAAUGAAACCUUGAAAAAGAAUAUUUCACAAACAAAACCUGGUGGACGCAGGAGGUCUGACUCUUUAGAGAACAUUGGACCAAAUUCAACCACAUCAACUUCAUUCACAGACACUCAACCACCUCCAUCACCAAACAGGUCUGUGAGUGGAAAGAAGCUGUGUUCAAGUUGUGGUCACCCACUUGGCAAAGGUGCCGCUAUGAUUAUUGAGACUCUCAGUCUGUACUUCCACAUCCAGUGCUUUAAGUGUGGAAUCUGUAAGGGCCAGUUGGGUGACACCAGUACGGGAACAGAUGUGCGUAUCAGAAACGGUCUACUCAACUGCAAUCAGUGCUAUAUUCGCUCCCGCUCUGCUGGUCAGCCAACCACCUUGUGAACUCUUUGAUCUGGAAGCAUAAGAAAUCUACCCGUAAUACUCACACCUUCAUUACUCACGGUCUUCACGUACGUGAACACAAGCACAUUUAAAAGCAAACCACUGCAAUGUCUUUAAGUCGGGAUUUCCAUGUUUUUUCUGUAUCCGAAACAUGAGGCUGCCACUAAAAGCAUGUGACUGUAGUGAAAAUCAUGUUUAACAUUUUCAAGUGUCUGGCUGAACUGACAUUGUUACUGACUAAUAAGUCCAUUCAUCAGACAAAAAAAAUAGUUUUUUAAAGCAUACUGUUUGCAGACAAAUAGAAUAUUUGAAAGAAAUUACAUUUUUGAAUUUCUGUCUAAAUCCUGAUCAUGAAAGUCUUAAUUUGCUCCCCAAACACAACUAAGCUACAUAAUCUUCCUGGCAUUCAGAGCAGAUUUUUAGAAGGCAUAUGAGCAGUGUUUUACAUUAUUCUUGAAGUGGAUUAAAGGGUUCCUUCAAGGAGUAUACCGGGUUCGAUAGACAGACAGACAGACCGACAGACGGACGGACAGACAGACAGACAGACGGACAGACAGAUGGACGGAUGGAUAAUCGAAAGAUUUUGUGGCAUAAUCUUGAUUACCACAAAAAAAAUAAAUAAAUACUUUUGACUAUUCCAUACUUAAAAAUAAAUAAAUAAAAAAAUGAGGUUACUGGGAAGUGAAUGGGUAAAUUUUUUGGAGGGUUUGAAAGCAGAAAUGUGAAGUGUAUAAUGUUAUAAAAACACUUACAUUAAUUCUUCUGUUAUAACUUGUGUGUUAUUUGAGCUGUAAAGUUUUACUGUCAUUUUAGGGUUUACAGUGUUAUGUCGUCAUGGCAAUGAAGUUGUACAAUUGGAAAUAACUUUACACUUAAAAUCAUGUUGACACACAAAAUUGUUUAUGUAUGUGGCUAAUCUUUUAAAACAGUGGGUAUUUGAACUUUUAUGGAUUGGCCCCGUUCACUUCCAUUAUAAGUGCUUCACUGUAACUGUGAUUUUUGCCUUUGUUUAAAAAAAAGGAGGGACAAGUCUAAAUUCAUUCUUGUUGCAAUCAACAUUAUGAAACAAAUUCUGACAAUUGAGCUUAGAACCCGGAAUAUUCCUUUAAUACCAAAUGUCCAAAAUAUCAAGCUGUAACUGACUGAAUCCUUCUCUUGUCUUAAUCCUGAAAGCUUAACAUGUUAGCAUCCAUAGUGCCUCAAUUAACUGAAGAUGAAUUGUGAGAACACAGUCACUAUAAGACCUGUGAUCUUUAUAUUGAAGCAAAGUACAUAUUUUUGUAUAUAAGAAGUCAAAUUUGGCUGAUAAAACUAAUGCAUGAAAACAGGUUGCUGGUUCAAAAUUCAGUCAUAUCGAAACUGCUGCUUCUUUCACAUAAAUCGCCAAGUCAUUCAAUGUUAUUUUACUCUAAACAGAUGGGUUGGAAUGUUGUUGCACUGAAACAAUGUGCCUUAGGAGAGACACAAUGCCUGUAUGAGAAACUUAAAGAGAUGUGUUCAGAUCCAAAGACUGUUUCUACGCUUAUUUGAAAGAAUGAAAUAUUUUUGGCCACGUUUGAUGGUAUGGAACAAGUUGCACCUUGCUCUUUGAAUUGUGAGGUCUCGGCCUGUAAAUGAUUUGAGUUUUGCCCUUUUUACAGCACAUUGUACAUAAUUGUUCUUAGCAAUUGUAUUAUGCAAGGUGUAUUUGAAAUGUAUGGCCCACACCGCAGUACGUUUUAGAACAUUUUGAUUGGCUAAAAGGAGACUUUGUUUGUCAAAUCUGGUUUAGGAUAAAAAUAAAUAAACUAAUUAAUUAAUUAAACAAUUUUUUUUUUCUCCAUCAUUCUAAAGAUUAUUGAAUACAACUUCGCACAAAUUUAUGUUAAAAACCUUAUCAUAACACACUCACUGGCAAAAUGUAUCACAUGUCAAAGAGUUGGCUUAUGAAUGUUCAUUAUGAGCCCAUUCAUUAUAUUUACCUGACCAUAAAGGAAUGUGAAGGUUUUUUGAUCAUGUGGGCUAUUUUAUCUUCUGUCAUAAUUGAGUUAUUUUGCUAGAGUUUCUAUGCUUCGGGAUCUGGUCAUGUAUUUUGUUUAAUUUGUCAUAACUUUAGGUUGACACAGGGCCAAGGCAUGUUUUAUGUUGUUUAGAAGGGAAAAUUGUUACCUUGGAAAGUAUAUAUUAUAUCUAAGGUAUAUUUAUUGUGUUAUUCAAAUCUACACUAUCCACAAUAGAUUAAUUUGAUGUUCAAACGCAACAGCUUUACAUUAUUCAGUAUGUUUAUAAAUAAAAUAUUG